GGGGGAGAGAGAUGAGAUGCAGCGGGUGACUCUCCCAGGGGCUGACAAAUGGAGAUUCAAACUAAGUUGCGAUGGACUGGAUGAAACAUACUGAUACAUCAGUCGCUCACGUGCCAUGGCGUCCGAGAUGGAGAAGGCCGACGCCCUCCUUCACACCUUCAGCACGGCUUCUGCAUUCUCCAGUUUAGGACUCGGCCUCUUCUGCUUUGUGGCCGAUAGAGUUCAGCAGGCAACAUUCAUCCAGCAACAUGAUUGGCUGAGAGCUCUUUCUGAUAGCACCACCCACUGUGUGAUAGGCAUGUGGUCCUGGGCCAUUGUCAUUGGCUUGAGGAAGAGAAGUGACUUCUGUGAAGUGGCCCUCGCUGGUUUCUUUGCCUCCAUUAUUGACUUGGAUCACUUUUUCCUCGCCGGCUCUGUCUCCUUAAAGGCUGCUACAAACCUUCAGCGUCGUCCUCCUCUCCAUUGCUCCACUCUCAUUCCGGUGGUGGCCCUUGCGCUCAAGUUCCUCAUGCAGCUCCUAAGACUUAAGGACUCCUGGUGUUUCCUUCCGUGGAUGCUGUUUAUAUCGUGGACUUCCCACCACGUUCGAGACGGAAUACGCCACGGCCUGUGGAUCUGUCCAUUUGGAAAUACGGCCCCGCUGCCUUACUGGCUCUAUGUGGUGAUCACUGCCUCUUUGCCCAGCGUGUGCUCCCUAAUCAUGUGUCUCACUGGAACCAGACAACUCAUGACUACAAAGCAUGGGAUACACAUCGAUGUAUAAUGCUAACGGAUGCCUUGAAAUCUGAGUGUUUACAGAAAUAUUCCCUCACAUUUCCGCCAGUUUCCCUCAAGCAGGCACCUCACAUUUAUACUCAUAUAACACUGGGUACAGGUGUUGAAGCCUUAAAAGGGAACUAUCACAAAAAUUUAAUAUAAGCUUCAGCAUACUGAGAUCUUUUGCCUACAAGAUGUAUUAGAGCUCACUCUAUUAAAAUCACCAGACAUUGUGUCUCUCUACAUGCAGAAUUUGUGCAAAAGGCAGUUAUUUUGUUAGAUUUUAUUUGUACUGGAAUCAGUUAUUUGAGUGAGCUUUAAUUCAUCUGCUAGGAAAGGAGCCCCCCUAUAAGAUAUAUUGGAUCAUUCGUGUGACACCCAACUGCUGCAUGAAUGAAUGAAGAGAAACAGAUGCCGAGAGAGGAAUAGUGACUAUAAACUUGAUUAUUCAGAAAUGAUGCAGAAUAUUUAAUUGAUUGUAUUUAGAAUGUUUCUUACUUCAGUAUGAGGAAGCUUAUAUUAAAUUUUCAUUUUCACGAUAGUUCCCCUUUAAAUAGUUCCCCAUUCAUGGCUCAUAUUCAGGGUUACCUGCUCUGGGAUAACAAGAUUCCCCUCUGACUGCUGCUGCUUCAUCCUUACCUCUGACAUGACAUUCUAAUCAUACUGAAAUACUUCAUAGACUCCCUUACAUGGAACCACAUCUUUGUAUCUUAUGUUGUAUCUGAAGGUAAGUCAUCUCAUGCUGAAAUGGCACAUUCUAGCUUUACCAGUUGACCAUUGAUGGUGAAUUUUGGCAGAACAGUUGACAUUGAUAGAGACAUGACCUAACUGGAUCAGUCUUUCUGUACAUGGAACAUCAGUUUAGAUUGCCCAAGUAGCUAGAUUGAUACAUUGAUGACCAAAUCCAUCAAAUAACCACAACAUUGGCCUGUGUAUGGUCACCUAACAGACAUAUUUCCAGGUUUCUCCAAAGCAAUAGUCCCAAGUUUCCAAAUCACGUUUCAUAUCUUCAUGCAAAUAAAACUCACAGUAGACUUUUAUGCAU